UGACGGCUGUGCUCAGGAAGUGGUAUCCUGGUACUGUACUGCAGAGCUGGCUAAUGACAAGGCCUAUAGCUAGGUUUAUAAUAUGUAGGUACAUUGUAGCUUGUGUGUGACCACAGUUUGCACUGUAAAGAUGGCAUCGCAAUCGGAACUAUCACUAAACUUUUUGAAGUGCCGUUUAAAACAUCGCCGAUCGUCUUUUGUUCUGCUGAUGUUAACCGGUUUCCUUUUGGCUGGAUUUGUAUUUCACGAGUUUGGUCAAUUGGAUGGUGGAUUGAUGAAUGAGGGCUCUGCGUUUCGAUUGGCUGCCAGUCGUCUGUUCGUAAAUGAGGUGCCGUGUGAUGCAUCAUGCAAAUGGCUUCGCGAGCAACUAGCCAGAAAAGAGCAAGUCUCUGCAACAUGCAACGCAUACACAAACACAACCAUUGGACAGCGUCUCAAACACAAGCUGAACACCAAAUCCCUGCAGAGAUUAGGCCACCUGCUGGUGCUAGACUCACACAAGUUGAUGUACUGUUAUGUCCCAAAGGUAGGAUGCACCAACUGGAAGCGUAUCCUCCUUGUUCUGAAGGGGGUCUACAAUGAUACCAAACUGAUCGGUCAAUCACAGACGCAUACCCUAACAUCCAAGUUCAUCAAACCCCUCUCUUCGUACUCGCUAGAAGAAGCAACGGAGCGAUUGGAAAACUACACCAAAUUCGUCUUCGUGCGGCACCCGCUGGAGAGAAUCCUCUCAGGUUUCCGGGACAAGUUCCAGAAGGACUACGGCUCCAGCACCAUCUUCAGGAAGAACUUCGGGCCGAAGAUCGCUUCGUACGGCUCCACGAAGAAUGUCCCCGUGCGACCGGAUGGAACACUGAACGUAACCUUCGGUCAGUUUGUACGGUACAUUGGGGAUUCUAAAAACAUAUUCAGCAACGACGGACCGACAGAACACUGGAGCGACAUGUAUAAGAUGUGCCAACCGUGCAUGAUUAAUUAUGACAUCAUCGGCAAGUUCUCGUCACUGCACGAGGACGCUAACUUUACACUACAGGCAGCGGGACUAGACGGCAAGGUAUCAUAUCCGCAAUCCACCAAUCCAACCAACAGUUCCGACGAGGCGCACAUCGCAAGCUAUUUCUCGGACCUGCCGCCCGACGACAUUCGAGCCUUGCUCGCCCGUUAUGUCAUCGACAUGGAUCUAUUUGGUUUCUCUGUCCCGCGUUCGUUUAAGGCAAUGCUGACCAAUGGUACCGAUGGAUUGACACCGAAUGGAACCCCAGACAAGUGAAUGAAUUAGACUAAUUUGCAUAUGACGUCACAGUCACACUCUCAAAAAGCGCCACCACUAAGGCAAAAUGAGGCAGAUGCCUGAACAUCUGACGUCAAACUUUGAGGCUCGUGAAUUUCGCCAGAGGUUCGCUUUCAACCAACGUCCAUAAUCACUUUUGACCUUCCAAUUUUACAUGACCUUCACGGUCGUGUAGAUUCGCAGUUAAAUCUGACGUCAAUGGUAAACAUUUAAAGCCAAUACCUGUCUGUUCUUGUGGAUAAAGACAGCGGACCAGUCUAGAGUAUACCCCUCUAUUGGUCACCAUCACCACCGGAGUCAAACAAUGGAAAUGUGUACGUGCCGUGCAUAACUCUCAGCUAAUGACUGGUCAUCCUUUGAAGUGGGGGCAUAUUUGAGCUUGUGACGUCAUACGCAAGGAUUCUAGAGGACGACGACAAGUGGAUUAGUGCGAGUGAAUUUGAUAUGUAUUAAUGACCAUUCUCGAUAAAGUGCUGCAACGACGUCGAACUGAAAACAUUGUCAUUAUCUUAUAUAAGUUAGUAAGAAUUUUGUAUAACAAUAGUUUGUCAAAUUACACACUAUAUUAAAGGCAUCGCUUGAGAACAAAUAAAGCAUUUCAAAAAUAGCUUUACAGCACAUCACAAACUUAAGGCCAAUAAUAAAAUACACGCACAUUGUAAUUAACUAAUAAUAUCACGGUGCUUGUCAUGCAGUAUGACACCAAGCAAAAUGUGUUCAGUUCAGUUCAGUACAACAUUUAUUUCCAAUUCCUCAAUCAAUAUGAAUACAAUGUUUAUCCACAAUGUGCGAUCCAUGAAAAGAGAUUUUGUAACUAUUUUUCCAAAGUUGAAUUAUUGAUGUUGGCUGCAACUAGUACCGUAUGGUAUAUCACAUUCCAAGUUUAUGAACUACGGUACGAACACCAUUGUGUUCUUACUGUAAGUUAAAAUUUAAGUUGAAUAUAAUAUGGAGCCAAUCAGGCUGGUGUUUAUUUCCGGUUUGCUUGUAUAAAUUUAAUCAUAUUCACCUUGGACAGGAUGUCAGUACAUCUCCGGUUACUCCCCUGAUCUCGCCUGUACCAAUAAUUUGUACUCGUAGGUGGGAAAAAGCAAUUAUGACAAAGUGCCUUCAUAUAUACUUCGUUUUUAAAAGAGCGAGGGCACCAAGGCAUUUUCUGCUUGGUAAAGGGCAACCUAUUUGAGGAAAUUGUACAUUUUUACUAGAGCAUUUUCCAGGGCACCAAGGCAAUGAGCAGGGGGACAUGGAGGCAAUCGCCUUCAUUAGCCUCCGCCGUGAAGUGUCAGUGCUGUGCCUUGCUCUUUAACACAAAGCCCGGAUUCGAAACCAUUAUUCUGCAAAGUAAUACAGAACUUGAGUUCGGCGCCUAGAACACUCGGCCACAACACCCCUUAGGGGUCUGACUGUACUAUUUUAAAAUCCGAAGACUUUAUGCUUCUCUUGGUUUUUUUUGUUUUUGUUUUUUUAACAAUUUUUCUAAAAUUUGUUUCGUAAAAUAUUUAUUUUCAACUGGUUCUUUCAACUAUUUUUAUAAUGGUAUAAAACAUUUAUAAUCAAGUACUUUUCACUUAUAUUCAAGUACUUUUCACUGAAAUCCGGUUUAUACACCACGCGAAAGCAAAUGGCAAUGAUUUUUUGAGGCGCAACAAUUUACUCGCUUUUCCCCCAAUAAUUUGACAUUAUAUGCCUAUAUUAUAUAAUGAUGAAGCAUUGCACUUAAAUUCAUAGAACAUAAAACUACGGUUUUGUUGUGGAUUUCUCUGUUAAUAAUAAACAAAAACGAUCGGUAAAUAUUAA